AUGUCUAGCAAUGCAGAUAAACUAAACGACCCGGUUCAUGGGAUCUAUAUUCCCGUGGGACUCUUAGUGGCUGGUCUGGCUAUUACAUGCUAUACCGUAAAUGAUUUCAGAUUUCUUUGGAUCUUGCCGUUUGCUGCUUUGGUCAUCGCCAUUAGAUUCACAGCAGCGUAUAAGAGACGUAAGUCGGUGUUUAGCGACCGCUGGUCAUCUCUGGAACUAGAGGAUCAGACUUUGAUCUCGAAAAACACGGCUAUGUACCGGUUCAAAAUGAAAACGUCUCUAGAGAGCCUAAACUUUCCAGUGGGACACCAUCUUGGGGUGAAAGCCAACAUUGAUGGCAAAGAAUAUGUCAGAUACUACACACCAGUGUCUCCAAAAUUCGAACGUGGCUACUUCGACAUCAUCGUCAAGUCUUACGCAAACGGCAAUGUGUCCAAGUACUUCGCUGGCCUAAAACCGGGAAGCACCGUGGAAUUCAAAGGUCCCGUGGGAAGAUUCAACUACGUUACCAAUUCUUACAAACACUUGGCAAUGAUUGCUGGCGGAAGCGGUAUCACCCCAAUGCUGCAAGUUCUCAAUGACAUCAUCACCAACCCAGAGGAUACCACCAAAGUUUCGUUGAUCUACGCCAAUGAAACCGAAAAUGACAUUCUCUUGAGGGAUGAGCUCGAUGAAAUUGCUGAAAAAUACCCAAACUUCAGUGUCAACUAUGUUUUACAUCACCCACCCGCCAAGUGGAACGGCGAAUCAGGCUACGUCACCAAGGAACACAUGCAGAAGUACUUGCCUUCAUUUUCUGACGAAAAUAGACUACUAAUGAGCGGUAACCCAGAAAUGGUUAGAAUGCUUUUGAGGUACGCUGAAGAUCUCGGCUGGCCAAAGGGAAUCGAAAAAUCGAAAGGCGACGAUCAAGUGUUUGCCUUUUGA